UUGACAGGUAUUCUACAUCCCAACGGCGCUGCUGGGUGCCCCACCAAGUCACAUUCUAGUCCACACCCAAUUGAACCUUCUCUACCAAUUCUGGCUUCAUACGGAGACAAUUUCCUCCCUGGGACCUCUUGAGUACAUCAUCAACACCCUAUCGCAUCACCGAGUCCAUCACGGAUGCAACCGGUACUGCAUAGACAAGAACUAUGCAGGAGUGCUCAUCAUCUGGGAUAGAAUUUUUGGGACGUUUGAACCCGAAAGCGAGCAAGUUAUUUAUGGCCUCACCCAUACAGUCAGCACUUUCAAUCCCAUCAAACUCCAAUUUCAUCAUUUUCAGAACAUCUGCAAAUCCUUAUGGGAGAUGAAGAGCUUGGAGGACCGACUGAAAGUCCUUUUCUAUGGCCCAGGCUGGAAACCCGGGCAACCAAAGCUUUACCCUAAGGAUCUCCUGCCUGACGUCAGUCUCUAAGUUCAUAUAACUUUUUGAUAUCAAUAAAAAAAUCAAAUGAAU